AUGGCCACGGACUCUGAGCGAGAGAAGAUCGAGCAGGAGAUCCGGGAGCUGGAGAGGAUCCUGGAGCCCAGCUCUUCCCGCAUCAGCGUGGAGCUCUGUGAGUCCAGUCUGGACUCAGAGUCCGAUGCAGAUUCACUGCUGCAGGACGAGGACUCGGACGCCCCUGACCCCCCGAUCUCGGAAGAAGAUAGGUGGGGUGAGGCCAGCAAUGAGGAGGAGGACCCUAAAGACCGGAACCUCCCCGAAGACCCUGAGACCUGCCUGCAGCUGAACAUGGUCUAUCAGGAGGUGCUGCAGGAGAAGCUGACCGAGGUGCACCUGCUGCUGGCCCAGAACCGCGCCCAGCAGGAGGAGAUCAUGGGGAGCCUGGCUGGCUCCAAGGUGAAGGUCAGGAAGAGCCUACCUCCUCACAUGUUUAUUGGGCACUUCAUGAAGCCCUACUUCAAAGAUAAGGUCACUGGAGUGGGGCCCCCGGCCAACGAGGAUAUGCGGGAGAAGGCCGCCCAGGGCGUCAAGUCCUUCGAGGAGCUCCUGGUGACCAAGUGGAAGAGCUGGGAGAAAACCCUGCUCAGGAAGUCCGUGAUUAGUGACCGCCUGCAGCGACUGCUCCAGCCCAAGUUACUCAAGCUCGAGUACUUGCAGCAGAAGCAGAGUCAGGUCUCCGGGGAGACUGAGAAGCAGCUCCUAGACAAGCAGAUCCGGGACACAGAGAAGGACAUGGAGGAUAUUCACCAGCUUUCAGAAGAGGCCCUCCUGGGUACCAGACAGGACAACCAUGACUGGGAAAAGAUCUCCAACGUGAACUUUGAAGGUGGCCGCAGUGCAGAAGAGAUCCGGAAGUUCUGGCAGAACUGUGAGCAUCCGAGCAUCAACAAGCAGGAGUGGAGUGAGGAGGAGGUGGAGCAGCUGAAGGUCAUCUCGGCCCAGCACGGCCACCUGGAGUGGCAGGAGAUAGCCGAGGAGCUGGGGACGCAGCGCAGUGCCUUCCAGUGCUUACAGAAAUUCCAGCAACACAACAGGGACCUGAAGCGCAAGGAGUGGACGGAGGAGGAGGACCGCAUGCUCACCCAGCUGGUGCAGGAGAUGCGUGUCGGCAGCCACAUCCCCUACCGCAGGAUUGUCUACUACAUGGAGGGCCGUGAUUCCAUGCAACUCAUCUACCGCUGGACCAAGAGCCUGGACCCCAGCCUGAGGAGGGGCUGCUGGACCCCCGAGGAAGACAGUAAGCUGCUUCAGGCUGUCGCUAAGCAUGGUGCCCAGGACUGGUUUAAAAUCCGGGAGGAGGUGCCGGGCCGGAGUGACGCCCAGUGCCGUGACCGAUACCUUCGAAGGUUACAUUUCAGUCUGAAAAAAGGACGAUGGAAUCCAAAAGAAGAAGAAAAACUCAUAGAAUUGAUAGAAAAACAUGGGGCUGGUCACUGGGCAAAAAUUGCGGCAGAGCUGCCACACCGGACAGGCUCCCAGUGUCUGAGCAAGUGGAAGAUCAUGGUCAGGAAGAAACAGAGGCACUGGCGCCGGCGGCGGAGGCCCCAGCGGUGUAUCCGGUGGAGUUCCAGCAGUGAGGAGAGCGAGGACAGUGGGGACAGUAGCAGUGAGGACACAGAGACCGAGCCUGAAGACACCUCAGGAGCCAGCGGGGAAGGCGAGGUGCCACCGCCAACCCCAUAUGUGGUGCCAAGCAUGGAUCUGUGGGUUCCUGCCAGGCAGUGCCCCACCAAGUUAUGGGCAUGUGCCCAGGAUUGGUCAGGGCGACCACCUGUCCUGUCCCGUCCCCUCAAAGAGGCAGAAACUGACCAUCAUGGUAGCAUCCAACACCAGCGCUUGGCAAACACGUGCCCAACCAGUGACCAGGAGUUGGGGGACAAGCAUGGGACACACGGGCAGGAGGUGUCCCCGGAGACAGUGCUGCGGGUGCUCCGAGCCAACACCGCUGCCCAGGGCCGCCCCCUGAAGGAGCAGUGGAGGCGGCCGCAACAGCCCCUGUCCAGCAGGCCCCCGGGACCCAGCCUUGGGAGCAGCUCUGGCCCCCUCUGGCCCCCUCCCUCUCCACACGGGCUGCGGCGCCAGAGACACAGGCACGCCCUGCAGAGGAGGCUCCUCAACCGCAGACUCUUGAUGGCUGUGGGCCCCUGGGUGGGCAAAGUUGUCCUGCCACCCAGACAGGCGCCUCGGAGACCCACGGUGCAGACCAGAGCUGAUGCCAUCUGGAGGCAGCUGCAGAAUUCCCAUUUGAAGAGCACGCCGGUGUUCACGCUGCUGAUCCAGCUUUUCCAGAUUGACGCUGACGGCUGCAUGGAGGUCAUCCGAGAGAGGAAGACCCAGGCCCCCACCGUGCUACAUCAUCUGCAGGCCCAGCACCAUGCAGGCGUGCCAACUCAGGCCACAAGGCAAAGCAGCAGCCACAGUGACAGCAGGAGGUUGGGAACCCAUCAGCCCAGGUCACCAGGCCCCUCGCCAGUUCUGUCAGGCCCCCGGCCCAAGGCCAAGACUGUGUCCCAGCUGCUUCGUGAGAAGAGGUUACAGGAGGCGCAGGCCAGGCGGACCAUCCUGGACCCAAGGCCACUUCCUCUCCAGCUGCUGGUCUCCUCGCCUGGAGGCUCCCUACCCACUCUGCAGCCAGCCCCCCAAGGACCCCCAGCUGCAGGCCCACCUGUCUGCAAUAUGCCAGGACUUGGGGUCCCCAUAGGGGCUGCUCCAGGUACUGCUAACCCCCUGCAGGGGGCUCAGAUCUCAGCCAAGGAACAGAGACCCCACAUCCUUCAAGCCCCGAUCCCCACCCUGACCCCGAUCGGAGGCUCCAGGAACCAGGUCCCCAUCCUUGGUUAUCAGAGGGGCCUGGGGCAGUCACAGGCCCCCACCUCAUCCCGGAAGCAGGGCCUACCUGAGCUGCCACUCCUCCUCCCUGCGGCCCCCAGCCCUGCCCAGCUCCCUGCCCUCAACCUAGUGCCCACCCAUGUGGCAGCUGGUACCACCCUGCCUGUCACAUGGGUGCUUGUGCCUUCAUCUGUGCCAGCCAUGGUGGGCCUCCCCCGGCCUGCAGUGAGCUCUGGCCCUGGGGGCUCGGUGACUCUGCUGCCCUCCCCAGCCUCACCCCCCAGGGCGGCCCCCACCCUCCACAGUCCUGCAGAGGCAACUGGGGAGCGGGCCUCUGCCCUUGGGGCAGCCCCUCCCCAACCUGCAGCGUCCUCCCGCUCUGAAGCAGAGCCACCCUCAUCCCAGCCUUGCCCCAAGAAGGGUCCCCUGGCCACAAGUCUCCUCUCGCUGGAAGAAGCAGGGGACACACAGGCAUGGCUGAGGGGCCAGCGGGGGGGCUGUGUGCCAUCUUUGGGAAAGAGACUGCCCUACCAGCCCCCCGCACUGUGUACCCUGAGGACCCUGUCCAGCCUCCUGCUCCACAAGGAGACCUUAGAAUACAAGGCUGCCACCCUGGUACCGGGCACUGCAGUGGGCACUGAAGGUGGACCCCAGGCCGGAGCUCUGAAGGCUGCCUUGGACAUGGUGCACACGAGGCUUGGGGACAGCCCGGCCUACCUGCUGCUCAAAGCCCGAUUCCUGGCCGCCUUCUCCCUGCCUGCCCUCCUGGCCACCCUUCCCCCACUGGGUGUCUCUACCACCCUGUCCGCCAGCACUCGACUAGACUCGGACAGUGAGGAUGAGAGCCUUCUGGGGGACCCCAAAUGCCCUGAUGGAGUGGGCCCCCAGGCCAGGCCUCAGCACCCUGCCGAGACUCCCCAGACAACCGCCCAACACUCAGGACUCAAAACGGCCGGAAGCGGGGGCGACUGUCCUGACAGAGCACAGUCCUAUGGCCCACUGUGCAUUGCGGCACAAGCACACAUGUGCGCACUGUCGACCCAGACGGGGCAGGGAGAGCGUUGUGGUCUGCCUGUGGUCUGCUCAGGCCCAGGACACCCUGCCACCGCGAUGUGCCUGAGUUCCGGGGGCUACUCCCACCCGCAUGAGGGAACAGAGGCGCCAUCUGCCCGUGUCCACGGUGUCAUCCCUAUGCCGUCUCCUGAGGGCUGCUUCAGGCCCAGGAAGUGCCAGGGGCCGCGGCCCCGCCCUCCCGGGCAGCAGGUUGUGGCUACAUCUGGGCACCAGGCAGAGUAUUGGCACAGCCCACAGGCAGCAGCCAGCCAAGGACCUGAGGUGGGUUGGCUGGUGUUGGGGGUCUUUGUUGGUGCUCCAGGGCAGCAGCAGAUCAGCAGACCCCCUGGUGCCGAGGAUCCCUAA